GGCAGCGGCGGUAGUUUCCACAACUACACCUACCGGACCCUAAACGGCUAAAAGCCAGACUAUAAAAAUAGACAUAAACCAGAAAGCCGAACUGCCAAACGGAGACCUCCAGAGAGAGCGAGAGAUCGAUCCAACGCUUCUGAUCAAUGGCGAUCUCCACUUGUUUCUUCACAGGCCCCACUUUUUCCUCUCUCUCAAAUCAGAAUCCCAAGAUCAGCACUCCACUCCUCUCCUCGUCCGCCCCAUCAAGGUUCACACACCUUCGCCUCACUCUUUCUACCUCCUCCACCUCCAUCUACCACCGACAGCCUUCCUUCAUCCCGUAUUUUUCCGUCAACAACAACUCUCUCUCAGGCGGAGAUGGAGGCGGCGACAAUAACAACAAUGGCGGCGGAGAUGACAGCCACGGAAAUGGUGGCGGUGAUGGUGGUGAGGGGCAGAACAAGAAAGAGGCCCUGAUGUUGUUGGCGGAGUCGGGGAGAACCUUGGAAAGCUUGCCGAAGGACUUGGCGGCGGCGAUCGACGAUGGCAGGAUCCCAGGGGCGGUGCUAUCGAGGUUUAUUGAGCUCGAGAAGUCGCCUGUGAUGCGGUGGCUACUUCAAUUCGGUGGAUUCAAGGAGAGAUUGUUGGCCGACGAUUUGUUCCUUGCGAAGGUCUUCUUUGAAUGCGGGGUUGGGAUGUUCACCAAGACUGCAGCAGAAUAUCAACGUCGCGGGGAGAAUUUUUUCAACGAGCUCGAAAUUGUUUUUGCGGAUGUGGUGAUGGCCAUAAUUGCAGAUUUCAUGCUUGUUUAUCUUCCUGCUCCUACUGUUUCUCUCCGGCCAGCGCUCGCAGUCAGUGCUGGAUCCAUUGCCAAGUUUUUCCAUGGCUGCCCUGAUAAUGCAUUCCAGAUUGCUCUCCCUGGAACUUCAUAUUCACUUUUGCAUAGAAUAGGUGCAAUUGCGCGUAAUGGGACAAAGCUUUUUGGAGUUGGCACCGCAUCAUCAUUGGUGGGCACAGCUGUGACUAAUGCAUUGAUUAAUGCACGUAAGGCUGUGGAUAAGUCUUCGGCCGAUGAAGUUGAAAAUGUGCCUAUAGUUUCCACCAGUGUUGCCUAUGGUGUCUAUAUGGCAGUUUCAAGCAACCUCAGGUACCAAGUGCUGGCUGGGGUUAUUGAACAACGGAUUUUGGAACCUGUACUACACCAUCACAAGGUUCUGUUGAGCGUCAUUUGCUUUGCCGUGCGCACUGGCAACACAUUCCUGGGUUCUUUAUUGUGGGUGGAUUAUGCUCGGUUGAUAGGAAUUCAAAAGGCUCAUGAUGAAAACAAGGCUUUGGAGUGAUUCUUGAUGAGGUCCGGAUAUGAACAUUGUUCACCUCAUUCAAUACCAAUUAGUUUACAAGUAGGUAUAUUGGAAUUGAUUGAAAAGAAUCGAGGUAUAGGUUUUUUAGGUUUCUCAAAUAUUUAUCCCAGUUUAUGUUGGUUUCGGGAAAAAUGAAUUGUUGGUUUUACGUCAUGAAGGAACUCUUUUUUUCUUUUCUUUUUUUUAAUUCUUAGCAAUAACUUUUAUUUCCUCAUAAUGCCUGAUUUGAUUGCUGGGGAAAUGUAUCUCGUUUCGACAUAUUAAAUAAAGCUAAAUGUAGUUUA